UCAAAAAGGUGCUGGAAACGUUACGUAGGGAUUUUGGUCCAUGCUGACUCAAUAGCAUCACGCAGUACCGGCGGAUUUUUUGGCUAUACAUUUAUGCUGCGAACCUUCCGUUGCUACUAAUCCCAAAAGUGCUCUAUUGGGUUCAGAUCUGGGGGCUGUGCGGGGGCUGGAGUAAACUGAAGCCACUGCCAUGUUUGCGCUGUAUAAACCGAGACAGCGCAAACACGGGGGGAAACAUCUGGUUUAUUUUUGCUAUGUAAAUGCCAAGCUAAUAUCAGGCAUGUCUGACCGUAAAAAUGGAUAUAGUCGGGCUAAGCAGGCAGUUUGAUGUAUGUUUUCUGUCGCUGUAAUUACGUAAUAAAUUAAUGGUGUGAUGAAUCACGUCCUGCUAUAGUACAAAGUGAGGAGAAUGCAAUUAAAUUAUUGGUCAUCAGUACAGUUUAAUUCAGCACCGAAACUAUUAUGGAAAACCAACUUUGUGAUGCAGGACCAGCUUUACUUCCCCCGCUCCUCCUACUUCUGACUAUUUUGGCAUACAGUCAUAUUUAUCUUCUGAUAAAUCGAGCUGAUGUUAGGCGCCACCGUAUGAACAUACUAGCGAUAUGGGUUUCAGGUUCUAAAUGUUAACAGAGAGGUUGAAAUUAUCAUUACGGUCAUCUCGUCGCCACACUCCAAUACACUAGGCGGCGUUCAAUCUAACCAAAGUUUACAUUUAAAACCCCGUAUAAGAACAAGAAAGCUCAACAAUGGCGGACGACACAGAUGAAUGUGAAGCGCUGCUUGUUCACAUGUCUCUGUGUUUACAGUCAGUGCUGGAUUCAUACAAGAAGAGGCAAGCUAUCCGCGCAAAGAGGAUCGAGGAGGCAAACCGACCGCCAGCGGUGCUCAGAAAUUCAAAUAGGAAAUAUGUAUCUGUCUUGCGCCGUGGUCUCCAAAGGAGAAAUAUGAGUGUGCUCAUGGCGAACUUUCAGCGGAGAAGAAAAGUUGCGCUGUGGAAGCACCUGAGAUCCUCAGAAUGGUGGGACAACGUCGCGUGCAGCUUCACCGAUUCCCAGUGGCAGAGAAGCUUCCGGGUCUCCAGAGACACGUUCCGCUACCUCUGCGCGAAGGUGAAGCCAGCGAUCGAGCGCAAGGACACGGUGCUGCGGCUGUGCGUGCCCUUGGAGAAGAGGGUGGGCAUUGCCCUCUGGAAGCUGGCCACCGGUUCCGAUUACCGAACCGUGGGGCACCUCUUCGGGGUCGGCGUCACCACGGUCUGCAGGUGCCUGCACGAGUUCUGCCAGGCCGUUAACCGGAUAGUCCUGCCCGAGGUCUUGCCCGAGCUCAAGCCCGAGGAGCUGGAGGACAUGGCCGCCCUCUUCGAGCGGGAGUGGGGCGUGCCGCAGUGCGUCGGGGUCGUCGACAGCUCCCACGUCCCGAUCAUAGCGCCGAAGGAGCUCCACCGCGACUACUGCAACUCCAGAGACCUGCACUCCGUCGUCCUGCAGGCGGCGGUCGACGCCCGAGGGCUGUUUUGGAACGUGUGCGCGGGGUUCCCCGGCGGCGCCAGCGACGCUGACGUGCUCCGGCGGUCGAGCCUGUGGACCCUGGCCCGCCGCAGCGCCCUCUUCUCCAGCCGCACGAGGAGCAUUUGCGGCGAGGACGUGGGGUACUACGUGAUCGCGGACUCCGCCUAUCCUCUGCAGAGCUGGCUCAUGAGACCGUUCGAGGACACGGGGGCCCUCAGCGACCGGCAGAAGCGCUUCAACUCCAGGAUCGGUCGGGCGGGAUCGGUCGCGGAGAACGCAUUUGGGCGGUUGAAGGGGAGGUGGCGCUGCCUGACGAAGAGGAACGAUUGCAACGUGGACGUGAUCCGGGCCAUGGUUGUGACCUGCUGCGUGCUUCACAACCUCUGUGAAAGGAACGGAGAGGCCUUCGCAGAGGAGCCGGACGGCCCGGAAACGCAACAGCCCGCGCACGCUGUUUCACCCGCGGACGAUCCUGAGGGGGCUGCAGUCCGUGACGCACUCGUGCAGUACUUCAGUGUGGAGCGGUGAAGACUACACCAGUCAAAUCAACUGCAUGAGCUAGUGCCUAGUGCAGUGGUAACCAGUCCUGUUCCUGGAGAUCUACCACUUCGUAGGUUUUUCACUCUAAUCCUGACAAUGCUCACGUCAUUCAGACGUUAGAGAUCUUUGUUGAGCUGCUAAUUAGUAAAUUCAAGUGUGCCAAAUUAGGGCUGCAAUGAAAACCUACAGGAUGGUGGAUCUCCAGGAACAGGGUUGGUUACGACUGCCCCAGUGCAUGGAUACUCAAAUCUGGACCUCAAAUCCAAUUUGGCCCUGGUUUAGUUUUCCCCCAGGUAACUAACUGAACAAUUAGUGCUACUGGUUGGCCAGACUGUCUUCAUACCUGAUUCCCAGGUAUAGGGAGAGUGGAAAACCAGCAGUUCUUGGACCUUGAGGGCCAUAAUUAGAGUAACAGGACCCUAGUGGCUUUUAAUUCUCACGUAUUUGGUUGUCCUUCACCAUGCAGCUUAGAAUGCUGGGGUGGUAAUGUGGUCAGAAUAAAAAAAUAAAAUACUAAUUUUGCGAUGUUUAGUUGCCAUUAUCCACCAUAGCUUCCCCAGAGCCUUAAAGAUCUGCUGUAUUUGUGCCGCUGGGGAUCAUUUGUGGUCCCCAGGUUCAACAAAUUAUGGCAGUAGAAUGCUGUUUUUAAGGAACUGUCAGGGAGUGUUUCUUGUCAAAUUAACAGUAUGAAACAAAUAUAUCUAGGGAGGGGAGCGGCAACGGAAAGGGAAGAGAGAAAAUUUGAAAAGUAGAUUUUUUCCUACGUGUAGUGAUUUGUGCUACUUUUGCAGUAAACUUUACAGGCCUUUAGUUCUGAUUUUAUCAUUUGCCGGUCAGAAUUAUACCAGAGACAAUGUACUAGGGCAGGGGUCCUCAAUCUUAUCCAAAAAGGACAGGUGUGGGCGCAGGCUUU